UCGCGAUGCGCAUGUGCGCCGCUAACUCAUUUCUUGCGGAGCUUCAACGAUAGUCCACUGGACUCGAGUGGGUUUAAAACACAUGAACAUCUAAUAUCUGAUCCACAUCUUCAAAACCCAGCCCACAGGUCUCGAUCUAUGGAUGCUUAAGUCCCGAUCUAUGGAUGUUUAGGUUGCUGCUGGAAGACGGAAGUCGUGCACCAUUCCUCUGUUCUCUCAGCUCUUAGGUGUUUCUUCAGGAGGGAAACUUUGCGAGCUUUUACCCGAUCGGCGCAUGAUUUCUUCAUUUAACCUGAUACACGCAUAUCAACUAAAGAAACGCUGAAAGGAGUCUCACAAGAAUGUCUGGCAUUGCACUGAGCCGCCUUGCCCAGGAGCGCAAGGCCUGGCGGAAAGACCAUCCUUUUGGGUUUGUAGCCGUACCAACCAAAAACCCAGAUGGGACGAUGAACCUGAUGAAUUGGGAGUGCGCCAUUCCUGGCAAGAAAGGGACGCCCUGGGAAGGCGGGCUCUUCAAGCUGCGUAUGUUAUUCAAAGACGACUACCCCUCCUCACCGCCCAAAUGUAAAUUUGAGCCCCCCCUGUUCCACCCCAACGUCUACCCGUCAGGGACAGUGUGCCUCUCGAUCCUAGAGGAGGACAAGGACUGGAGGCCGGCCAUCACCAUAAAGCAGAUCUUGUUAGGCAUCCAAGAACUGCUAAACGAGCCAAACAUCCAAGACCCAGCCCAAGCAGAGGCCUACACGAUCUACUGCCAGAACCGAGUGGAGUACGAGAAGCGGGUGCGAGCACAAGCCAAGAAGUUCUCCCCGUCAUAGAGGCCUCAGACGGGGGCCUCAGACGGGGGCCUCGGAGCGGGGGCCACUCUGGAGGGCCACAGUCGAGGGCCGCUGCUGUUACUGAAUGUGCUCCUACCACAUCUGGACUCAAGGACUUCUAUUUAAACUCCACACACAUCCUGUGCCAUUUACCUGACCGUUCCUCUCUCCGCCGGCCGGCCCCUCGAGCUGGGACGCCCCCCUGGGGGACCCCCCCCCCCCCCAGGGGCCGGCGGGGGCCCCUGGCUCUCUUCCUUCAUGGUUUAUUUCUUUGCGGUCUCAUCAACGUGUCGGAGUACGGCGGUCCCAGGAGAGAGUCCGCGUCCCAGGAGACUUCAGGCUUGUAGUUUUUUGCUUUUGUUUCACAGGGUCUGUUCCUUACCCCCCCCCCCUCCCUGUAUAUUCCAGGAUUUUAAUGUAAAAUUUGCUAUUACUUCAUUGUCAGUAUUCCGACUGCUGUAUAAUGAAUGGCACUUUUAUACUGUGGUGUGUCGCUAGUGUCUCCAGGGGGCGCUGUGGACUCUGGGCAGGUUUUCUAUUCAGCAUGCUGUAAUAUAAGAUAGACUCUGCUGCCUUGUCUUUUGUUACGGAGUGUUGCUCUGUAGCAGACUCUAUGUUUAUAUGGUGCUUUGUUCAUGUACGUGUUGGAGUAAAUAAACUGUUUCUACAAAGUUA